GCUAAAAUAUAGUACUAAGAUCUUCCUGAAGUAUUGGAUUUCAGUUUCUACACUAAGACAUUUCUGGUAUACUUAACAUAUUUUAAUAUCUGCAGUUAACAUGGAAUUUGACACACCAGUUAACUUCUUACCUCUUAAUUUUGGGAAACAUCAGUCAACUGUACUUAUUACAGCUAUAGUUGUCUGCAUUUCCCAGAGUUUGGAAAUUAAAUUAGUGGUCACAUCUAAAUGAUAUGAAUCUAGGUUUUGUAUCAAAUAUUUAACCUCCCCCUUUCCUAGGAUUUCUGUACCACAUUUUGAUACCUUAAAUCUCAUAUAAUUUAAUGAAUUUGUUUUACAAUGGCUGUGCUAGUAGAGACAUUGUUUGGAAGUCAAGGAAAAGGAGGAAGUGUAGGAAAUGAAGAAUGUAUGUAUUCAUUUUUAACUAUUAAAACGUACUAGCUUUAAUAUUUUCUGUUACAAUGAGUGGAUUAUAACUCAUGUUUUUGCUGCUGCCAUGAGUUAUUUGUUCCACGGGUUACGGCUUACAGGGAAACAGUAUUGGAAAAGAGAAGCCUCAGUUUUGAAAACUUUUCUAUUGCUUGGGUGUGGGCCAGGUCACAUGGAUUGGGUGUGGGAAGUUUCAGUGUUACAGAACAGACCAGGAAGCUCACUGAAAAUUAUCCCGGAGCUGUGUCAACAAACUUUGAAAAGAGAACACAGAAUUUUUAUUCAAAAUGGAUUGGUUAAACAUCUUUAAAGAUUUUUUCAGCAUUGGAAAAGUGAAAAGAAAACCCAGUGUUCCAGAUACGGCAUCUCCUGCUGAUGAUAGCUUUGUUGAUCCAGGAGAACGUCUCUAUGACCUCAACAUGCCUGCUUUUGUGAAGUUUAACUACAUGGCUGAGAGAGAGGAUGAAUUGUCAUUGAUAAAAGGGACCAAGGUGAUCGUCAUGGAGAAAUGCAGUGACGGAUGGUGGCGUGGCAGCUACAAUGGACAAAUUGGAUGGUUCCCUUCAAACUAUGUAACUGAAGAAGGUGACAGUCCUUUGGGUGACCAUGUAGGUUCUCUGUCAGAGAAGUUAGCAGCAGUUGUCAAUAACCUAAAUACGGGUCAAGUAUUGCACGUUGUACAGGCUCUUUACCCGUUCAGCUCAUCCAAUGAUGAAGAACUCAAUUUUGAGAAAGGUGAUGUAAUGGAUGUUAUUGAAAAGCCGGAAAAUGACCCAGAAUGGUGGAAAUGCAGGAAAAUCAAUGGCAUGGUUGGCCUGGUGCCAAAAAACUAUGUUACCGUCAUGCAGAAUAAUCCGCUAACCUCAGGUUUGGAACCGUCGCCUCCACAGUGUGACUACAUUAGGCCUUCACUCACGGGGAAGUUUGCUGGCAAUCCUUGGUAUUAUGGCAAAGUCACCAGGCACCAGGCAGAGAUGGCAUUGAAUGAAAGAGGGCAUGAAGGAGACUUCCUCAUUCGCGACAGUGAGUCUUCGCCAAAUGAUUUCUCAGUAUCACUAAAAGCACAAGGGAAAAACAAGCAUUUUAAAGUCCAGCUGAAAGAGACUGUCUACUGCAUUGGGCAGCGGAAAUUCAGCACCAUGGAGGAACUUGUAGAACAUUACAAAAAGGCACCGAUCUUUACAAGUGAACAAGGAGAGAAAUUGUAUCUCGUCAAGCAUUUGUCUUGAUACUGCUCGUCAGCAAUGACUGCUACACACUUUAACUCAUCACGCAGCAGAAGACCGAGAAAGUGUUGGGCCAGUUGUACUUGCUGGGAAAGUGCUGUUUCUAACUGUAUGAGAACUGACUGUACAAUACAUGAGUAUUUUGUUAUGACUCAGCCCAUACAUAUAUACUGCAUAGGCAGUGCAUCUCGUGUAGAAGAGGUCUUUAUUCUUGUCUUCUGUCUUACUGUUUUCUUUGCUGUUUUUCUCUUUCCUUCCAACAAUUAAGGUUUUGUAUUCUGAAAACAAAUAAUUUGGUUCAAAAUCUUUAUAUGGAAGAAUCCUUUUAUUGCUGUUUCUUUAUUUCCUCGUAAAGCUAUCCUGUUUCCCCACAGUCCCUCUUCAUAUAAAAUUAUAUCUAUAUGGCAUAUGAUAAAGGACAUUUCUUGUAAAGUGUUAAUCUUUUCUGUGACAAAAUAGCAAUAAUAAACAGAAAAUAAGACAUUA